AUAGCCUUGCUUGCUAGUGAUGUUUUCAUUACUGUAUGCUUGUAGACUGUAGCAAGUAGAAUAAUUGCAACACAAUUCAGUGCUAUUAGAUGCAUGUGUAAAUUAAAGUCAACCUGAAGGACAUUUUUUUUUUACAUUUUGAAAUUCGGAAAAAAGAAAUGAAAAUGAAUUCACUUAAGAAACAAAAAGGGAAAGAGAUGCAAACAUGCAACAUCAAAAACAGUUCAACAGUAAAGAAGACUCAAAUGGAGAAGCUAAAUGUGAAAAAAUGUUAUUUGAACAUAGAAACACUGAGGAAAGAUAGACAAAUGACAUGGGAAGAAAGAAUGGAUUUUUUGAUGCCAAAGAUGAACAUUGGAAGUCAGAAGGAUUAUUUUGAAGUAAUUGAAGAUGAAGACAAAGAAAAUGAAAAAAAGACAAUGUUACAACGGGAAGAAAUGCAAAGAAAGACAGAAAUUACUCCUCCUAAGAAGACAUCAAAGAAGAAUAGUGCACCUGUGAAGAAAAAAGAUAAAGAAAACCUGCCCUUAACUUCUACAGCUCUGUACCUCACCCAGACAGACCUUGUGGAGAAAACCCCUGAUGUCUCCCUCAUUCCAAAGUUAUCAGGAGCAAAACAGAAGAAAGAUCACAUGUUGAGUUCACCAUUCCAAAUAACAGGUUCAAGACCAGGACAACUGUUAAGACAACUUACAAGCACCCCAAACUGUUCUAGAAAGGAGCAGCUUAAGAUGGACCUGUCAGCCAUUCAGCUCCCUGUACAGGAGGAUGAGCUCGAGAUUCAUUCCUCUACUCUGGUCAACUCCCUGGAGAUUGUUCCCCUGGAUGACAGUAUAGAGAUGCCCCCUCCCAUAGAUACCCAGCAGAUUCUACAGUUUAAUCAGAAAACUAGAGAAAAGAAGCAAAGUUUUGUAAAGACAUCUAAAGAAGGUGUGAAAAGAAAAGUUGCAAAUGUUCUUACAAAACAUGGGGAACUCUUUCAGUUCAAGUCCAAGGUCUCAGAAAUUUUACACAAAGCUAAGGAUAUUGGCAUUGUGAAGGAGAAAGAUGUUGAUGUAGAUGUAGUUAGUAGAGAUGAGGAUUUACAGACUCCAGAUGAACCACAAUGUACAGAGCAAAGCAGUGAAAACAGGAAACGUAAAAUAAUGGCCAAAGUACCAGUUUUAGAGGGAAACAUGAAGGAUAAUUUGGAGAAAAGAGUAAUGGAUAUCUCUGAAAUUAAAUCAAUUAAUGAAUCAUCCCACAAUUCAAGUUCAAGUAAGCAGAGAAGAUUAUCAUUCAAAGAUUUAAGUAUUCAUAAAGAAUGUGAGCUACAAUCAGAAAAUAAAGAUGAAGUGGAUGAUCUACCAUCAGAAAAUGAAGUUUUGGAUAAUCUGCAGUCAAAAAAUAAAGAUGUGGAUGGUAUAACUACAAAUCAAAUGAAAAGCAAGGUGUCAGUUGGAAAAGAUGACUAUAGUCAGAGACUAAAAAGAAACCAGAGUUUAAGUUCUUCUCAUAAAGUAAAGCAAACUGAGGAAAGUGAGAGCAUGAAAAGAAGCAGAGGAUUGAAUAAAUCUGAUGGACAGUUCAGACAUUCUUCAACCUCCAAAGAAAUCAGCUCAUCACAUGCCCGGGCACCUCUGAGACAUUGGGAUAGUGUGAAGAAGUCUAUUGCAGAAGAUGACCUUUGUUCAUGGAAACACAUCUUAAAAAAGAGAGCAGUAGUCAAGGAACAUGUUUACCCUAAAUCGAACAUGGAUGCUUCCAACGCACCAGUUGCGACUUUCCGGGAGGAUUACGUCCCUUGGCAGAGUUGGAAACGACAAUGGCGGUCGCAGAUACUUGAUAGCGUUAGCGCUCUUUGUGAAAUGGGCGUCCAUAGUGAUCCGACAGGUCCGUCCAAUAUGGCCAACAAUGCAAAGAGUUUGAGAGGACAGCUGGGGCUAAGGAGCAGCGCCCUGGCUCCCACAUCCAGUAAACUGACCACCCAAUAUAUGGUAAUGGACCACAUGAAAAAUCACUACAGCAAAAUCACUAAUGCAAAGCCGGCAAUCGACAACAGAGCCCCUCGAAGUAUUUCCUCAAGUCAGAAAGUACGAGACAGAGACACAAGAGAGGGGAAGCGUCCUGUGUCGGCCAUGUCUGUCAACUAUCCAGUACGUCCAUACUCUGCCAUGACAGGCCAUGAUGAUGACAUCUAUGAUGAAGAUCAGUGGGGAGAUGUUGAUCCUGAAGAUGAGGUUGAGAGACAAGUAAGGGAGAUAAUGCGAAAGAAGCUCAACACCAAUACAAAUCAGAUUCAUAGGACAAAUGUUGCUCAUGGAGGCACCUCUCAGUCCCCGUACUACUCGGCCAGAAUGGGUCAGACUACUCACCACCGCCCAGCAUCUGCCCGGUCAUCUGCCCGCUCAGUUCACUCAGCCAGGUACAACAUGGAUAGAACCGCCAUGCCCACAAAAACAGUCACCCAGAAGACUUACGAUGGAGAUGUCAUUGAGAAACAUAAUCAUGUCUUUACCCAGCCUGAGAAACCAUUCACCCCUCGUGUCCUGAAAUCAAACCGUGUGUCUCGCAUUGCACAGAGCAAAUACUACACUGCUCCUCCACAAAAAAGGGAAACCGAUGAAAGCACCAAUGCCAAGGAGGCCACAUCACCCAAACCAAAGCCGAGAGCCAAGCCACGCAUGAAUGCUGGGAUGGACAAGUCUGGAGAAAUGACAGACACCUUGAUGUUUGAGUCACUACAGAGUAGGGACUUCUCCAAGUACAGUGAUGAUCGAGAACAAGUUGUCCCCAGACUGGACAUUUCUUUGGACAAGGACAAUAUGAACUGGAUCAAAGAACAAGCCAUGAAGGCAGAGAUCCGAGCCAAGAGCGGAGGAAUGUCACGUAUCAGUGAGGACCAGAUGCUGGAUUCCAAUGACCUUGAACAAACAGGCAAUGUGACCUUGACAGGAGGUUCACUCAACAAAACCACAAGGUCUUUUGGAACUAAAACUUUUAACAACAGCCAGAGACUGAGUACAGACUUUAACAAUCUCAAGAAACCAGUCAAAGGAGAGAGGGAGGAAGAGUUACAGUAUGUGGAGUUUAUUAAGGAGGUCACAGACGACGUCCUGAACCGAGGCGUGUUCACCGACAGAGUACUGAAACAAGUAUUUGAGUCUCACAUUGCCAAGAAAAAAGGAAAACUUAAUGAGGAAAAGAUGCGCUCCAUGCUGAGUCAGGUUCGUCAGGAUUUGGACAUCAAAGAUGAAUCGGAGAGUGCUGAUUUCUCCCCACUAGACACCACUUCGUCCCUGGGGUCACGCCUUCACACCAGGUACAGCCGUGGGAGAACUGGGGAGCAGACUUUUGGAUCCACCAUGGACUCCCAAAACACCUACAACUUCAAAGACACUUCGUCAGGGGACAUGUUCAGCACAAUUCACUCAGAGAAAGAGAGUGAUGACCUGUCUGCCACACAGGCCCUGAAGAGCUACCAGCUAGAUCUCACUAGACAUGUCGAAAACGAGGAGGGUGAUGAAAGUCCAGGAGAGAUCGCUGAGUCGGAGAAUGAAAUGGAGAAGACUGACCAUGUUAUUGAAGCAGACAACAAAUCAGUGAAAUCCAGCAAGUCGGCUAAAUCUUCCAAGUCUGUCCAUAGUGCCCAUGUCGCUGAUGACAGGUCGGUGAAGUCAGGGAAGUCAUCGGGACAUCGCAGUGUGACUUCAUCCACACAUCAUCAGGACUCACUCUCGGUAAAGUCUGGGAAAUCCCAAACCAGUCAGAGGAGUGGAGGAUUCAAACCAUCCGCCAAACCCCGGGCUACCGCUCAGAACAACCAGGAUGGGGCAGAAUCCUCGGAGGAUCAGUCGACUCAACAAGGUUAUGAAGAUGAAGAGGAUGGAGAGUAUGAGGAAUCUGAUGAGGAGAACUUUUAAAUUGUACAUACAUAUACAAGACAGGAAUAAAACUCUCACCAACAAAAAUAAGGGUUUAAAUGUUUUACAUGUAAAAAUUUCUAUAGUUUUUUACUUAGAAGAGAGAUUUAGAUGUUUGUUGGUUUUUAAACCAAGAGCAUACUAGUUUAGACCAAUUAGCCGGAGCCUCUGGGAGCUUUGUGUUUCUGUGUUGCUGCAGUAGUGGUAUAGGAGGUUAUUGUACAUUUCUCUAACAUCACUGUAUUAAGAUAUUAGAUAAUGUGACACAGGGUGGCUUUGUCUGUGAUAAUUCUUGUGUAUUUCUUUGUCAUCAUUGUAACAUGCUAAUCAUUGUAACAUGCUUCACUGUCUGGUUCACAGUCAUCUCCAAUAAGAAUUGGAUCUUUUUCUUUUUUAUUCAAAGAAAAAUAGCAAAAGAAAUAGAUGCAUUUGUAUCUUCUUUUUAAUCUUGUGCAAUGUUUUACAGUAAGAUAAAAAUGUCUCAUUUUAAAAGGAAAUUUUUGAUGCAGACACAAACAGGAUUUGUUAUGCAAGUUCAUUAAUAAUCCUAUUAGCGUAUUUAAGUUUACAUUUUAAUCCUGUUUAAUUAUUCAUGCAUUUUGUUUACCUCUUGUUGUACUUGUGAUAAGAAAAAUUUGAACAGUCCAUCCAUUAUUUUUAUCUUGCAUGUAGGAAGUAUUUUUUUACUUUUUAGGGUUUUUUUUUAUUUCAACACACCGUCCAUUGUAUACAUGUUGUGAGUGUACAUUCAUGUCAUCACAAUGAAUUUAAUAAAGCUCAGUCCAAUACA